CGAAGCAUGCUAGUUGACGCCAUCACGUCGACGUCGUCGGCAGUGACAGUGCGAUCGUCGUCAGAUCGACACGAAGGAUCGCGCAGGCACCGGGAGCGCAAGUGAGUGCAAGUGAAACGCGACCCAAGGGGGCGGAGAGCAAGAGAGCGGGGCGAGCUGCUCUUUCCCGGAACAAACGCGCGCGAGAGUCGCGGCCCGCAGUGUGUCAAUGGACGACGACGAUAGGAUGUGCUGCAAUUCGCGGCAAAACGGCAUCGUUCAGCCGCUGCUGACAGAUUUAUAUCAAAUUACAAUGGCUUACGCCUAUUGGAAAAGCGGCAAAAUGAACGACCACGCCGUUUUCGAUUUGUUCUUUCGCAGGAAUCCUUUCCAGGGAGAAUUCACGAUCUUUGCCGGUCUUGAGGAGUGCAUAAAGUUCUUGAAUAAAUUCCAUUAUUCUUCUAGUGAUAUCAAGUACCUGAAAUCAACUAUGCCUGCUACGGUAGACCAAAGAUUCUUUGAUUAUCUACAGAGUCUUACUGCGAAAGAUGUCACAAUAUAUGCUAUAGAUGAGGGAUCUGUUGUAUUUCCCAGAAUUCCAUUAAUAAGAGUGGAAGGGCCGCUGAUAAUGGUGCAGCUUUUGGAAACAACUUUAUUAACAUUGGUAAACUAUGCAAGCUUAAUGGCGACCAAUGCGGUGAGAUAUCGCAUGGUUGCCGGGAAAAAUAUAACGCUGCUAGAAUUUGGUCUUCGAAGAGCACAAGGACCCGAUGGUGGAUUAAGCGCAUCUAAAUACAGCUAUGUUGGUGGAUUCGACGGAACUAGCAAUGUCUUGGCUGGAAAGCUAUUUAAUAUACCUGUGUGCGGCACGCACGCGCACGCAUACAUCACAUCCUUCGGCAGCAUUGACGAUUUACAUGGGAAAACAUUGGCACACAAGCAAACGGGCGAUGUUCUCGAUUUAUUGGAACUUGCUUGCAAAUAUCGCGAAGAUAUCGCCGAUGAUUUAGGAGCUCUAGCUUCACAGGCAUCUGAUGGAGAAUUGGCAGCUUUGAUCAGUUAUGCUGUUGCUUUCCCGGAAAGAUUUACCGCACUCGUGGACACAUAUGACGUUAAGAGCAUUCAGGCAACAGCCAAGGGGCAGGCACAAGUGGCCAGCCUAAAUGUAAAGAAUAAACUUCUAACUAACGGGUCCAAUACACACGCCCAAAACAGUGUGAGAAACAACCCGUUUAUAUCAGAAACGACCUCGCAACUUCACAAGAAUGGCUUUUUAAGACAAGGUGAAUUGGGUGAGCUCUAUAUGAGGAGCGGUCUCUUAAAUUUUUGUGCGGUAGGCUUAGCUUUGAAUGACUUGGGAUACAGAGCCGUCGGGAUCAGGAUUGACAGCGGCGAUUUGGCCUAUCUCAGUAAUGUGGCGAGAGAUAUCUUCGAGAAAAUUGCUAUCAAGUAUGACAUACCGUGGUUUGCAAAACUGAUGAUUUGUGCUUCAAACGACAUCAACGAAGAAACUAUAAUAAGCCUGAACGAGCAGGUAAAGAGUCACAAAAUUGAUUGCUUUGGAAUCGGGACACAUCUCGUGACAUGUCAGAGACAGCCAGCGUUGGGUUGUGUUUAUAAAAUGGUAGAGAUCAACGGCGAGCCGAGAAUUAAACUCAGUCAAGAAGUUGGAAAGGUCACAAUACCAGGCAGGAAGGAUGCCUACAGAUUGUACGGAUCAGACGGUUACGCGUUGAUAGAUCUUUUGCAGAAAACGACGGAAGAGCCACCGCAAGUGAUGCAAAAGGUUCUUUGCAGGCAUCCGUUUCAACAAACAAAAAGGGCAAACGUUACACCGUCUCGAGUGGAAUCUUUGCACAAGAUAUACUGGAAAGAUGGCAAACUACGUCAGCCACUGCCCACAUUGCAGGAAAUUCGCAAUAGAGUACAAGAAUCUCUCAAUACGUUGCGUAACGAUCAUAAAAGGAACCUGAAUCCAACACCAUAUAAGGUGGCUGUCAGCGAUACGUUAUAUAGAUUUAUAGAUGAGUUAUGGUCUCAAAAUGCGCCGAUCGGAGAAUUACGGUGAAGCAUACUACUCUUAUAUAGGAGUAUCGUUGAACUAGUCUCUAGCAACUAUAAAUACAGAGUAAUAACAGAAUCGGGAUUUACAGAUGAAAUAUAUAAUAAAUCCCCUGAUAAAAGCAAUGGCAACUUAUCGUCGCAAUCAACCAUAGAUAUAUGUAUAGUGAUGUGAUGAUUGCGUCGUAGAAUAAUAUAUCAUAAGAACGAGGGUCCUAAGAACAUAUUUUUUACACUCUCCAGUGUUGAAAGUUUCGAAUUAUAUUACCGUAUUAUUAUCGCAAUCUAUUUUCGUAAAUCAUAUGCAAAUCGCAAUAUAAUAUUUAUAUAGUUUUACACGAUUGACAUAGAGCGAAUUGUUUCGUCACAUCAGAGGAAAUUGUAGCUCUAUAUUUAUGUACAUAUGUAGCAUGUUACGCAUGUACAUGUGUUGCGUUCUAUUCCUUUUUAAGAGAAAAGUACAAAAUAGUACAGUAUAUAAUUACAUAAUGUAAUUUUAGGCAUGCACAACUCAAGUUCCAUACAAUUGAAGUACUUAAAAAAUCGCAAUAUAACAGCAUCAUUUAAUUACAUUGUCUAAUUUCCAUAAAUUUAUUAAUUGCUACAUUAUUCUUUUCUUUUUUUUUAUCUUAUUUCUUUGAGCGGUUUGGUUUAUGCUAUAUUUGUAAAAUCUUUAAUUUAUAUUUGUAAGUUUAAUUGUUAUCGUUAUCGUAUUCAUAAUUGCUGGAGACUGUUUAAUUGAUAUUUUUGUAUAAGAGUAAUACGUUCGAUAUAUUUCCCGUUGUUAUUUACACAAAUGUACAAAACCGAGAGCAUAAUUAUACAUAUUUAUAAUUUCUUAUGUAUGUAUAAUAUGUAUAAAAAUUUAUAUUGAUAGAAAAUCUAUAUAUUGAUUGAAAAUUUGUGCACCAAAAAAAGGAAAAAGGAAAGGAAAAAGAAAAGGAAAAGAAUGCAUUCUAGCUCAAAUUGAUAUCUCGGUUGAGAAUAACGCGAAGUUCGAAGAACAAUCUUUUAUUGUUCAUGUUUGAAUCAAUUUUUAAUGAUGUGCAUUGUAAUUAAUUUUUUAUAAUUUUAUUUAGAUAAUUUCUAAAUUCAAAGAAUGUUCCUAAUCGGCUUUAUUCAAGUGUUAAGAACAAAGUUUGUGUCACCUCGUUGAAUCGUUUAUUAAUAUUUAAUAAUUUUAGAUAAAUACCUAAGAUUAGUUAAUCAUUUAGAUUUUACAUUUAACUUUUAAUCAUGAUCAUCAUAUAUUUUUAGUAUAGGUCUGUUAUCCUUUUGUACGCGAUUCAUUUAUAGUAAUGUAUAUAACAUUAUAACUGUAAAGUAUAAUCGUGUUUUUUUAUAGUGAGAAUAAAUAGCAUAUAGCUGUUCGGUUA